CCAACUUUCCAGAGGAGCUCUCGCUGCGUGCCUGGACCUCUCUACGCCACAGGGACUUUGUUUCCGACUGCUUUUUCCCCCACGAGAUGUCGAUUGUGGUCGCGCGACGACAAUAUCUCCUCCUCGCCUCGCGGUCUCGCGCAAGAUUUAACUAGAGAAACAUUUUUUUAAAUUGUCAUUUUUUCUUAUUGUGCACUGACAACUCCGGGGCCAAUAACCGCGCAGUGUGCACAGGUACAGACUCCUGAGCAGGGACCGUCCAGCAGCAGCAGCAGCAGCAGCGGGAUUUUAUAUUCUUAUUUAUUUCAACUUGGAGGCAAAAGUGAGCGAUCUGUUGGAAUUGGUUGAUUCAAUGACUUCCCAGGUUUGAUCUGAAGUUAUAUUCGGAAAGCUGAGACAAUAAGAGAUUUUUUUUUGAAAACUGCUGCUGGAGCUUGGUCGACCAUGCAGCUGGACGGUCUGUGGACGGUCCACGCCCUCUUGGCACUGUCCGCUUUCGCUCUCGGGAACCCGGUGAGCAAUGACCCGAUGGCUGCACCCCGAGUCUUCAUCUCCUUCAAAGAGCUGAGAUCCACCGGCACCGCUCAUCACUUCGCCUACCUCCUCAACACGUCCGACUAUCAGAUCCUGCGUAUGGAUGAGGACCAUGACCGCAUGUAUGUUGGCAGCAAGGACCACAUCCUGUCCCUGGACCUCCAUGACAUCAACAAGGACCCACAUAUCAUCCACUGGCCAGUGUCCGAACGAAGAAGGAUGGAGUGCCUCGUGAGCGGGAAGGAUGCCAAUGAGGAAUGUGCAAACUUCAUUCGCCUGAUCGAGCCAUGGAACCGGACUCAGCUGUACGUCUGCGGGACCGGAGCUUACAAUCCAGUCUGUACCUUCGUCAACCGCGGACGCAAACCUCAGACAUCCAUGUAUCUGCAGAUGGCCCAGGCCAGAGGAAGGGCUAGCCGCGCAGCUGAACCCAGCGCAGUGCACGACACACUUGGACUAAAGGAAGAAAUCUUCCACUUGGAGCCGGGCAAAGUGGAAUCUGGGAAGGGAAAGUGCUCCUACGACCCGAAGCUCAACAGCGUGUCAGCUUUGAUCAAUGGUGAACUGUACGCUGGGGUCUAUGUUGACUUUAUGGGAACCGACUCUGCCAUUUUCCGUACUUUGGGAACAAAGACUGCCAUGCGAACAGAUCAGUACAACUCCAGAUGGUUAAAUGACCCCACUUUCAUCCACGUACACCUCAUCCCAGACAGCGCAGAGAGAAACGACGACAAGCUUUAUUUCUUCUUCCGGGAGAAGUCCUCUGAGAUGGGUCAGAGUCCUGUGACCCAGUCCCGAAUCGGACGCAUCUGCCUGAAUGAUGAUGGAGGCCACUGCUGUCUGGUUAACAAGUGGAGCACCUUCCUGAAGGCCAGGCUCAUCUGCUCAGUCCCUGGGGCCGACGGCAUGGAGACACACUUUGACGAGCUCCGAGAUGUGUACAUACAGCCAACGCAGGACACAAAAAAUCCUGUGAUAUAUGGCGUCUUCUCUGUCUCUGGCUCUGUCUUUAAAGGCUCAGCAGUUUGUGUCUACUCCAUGGCUGACAUCCGCAUGGUCUUCAACGGACCCUUCGCCCACAAGGAGGGUCCCAAUUACCAGUGGGUGGCCUACACCGGGAAGAUCCCCUACCCUCGACCCGGAACAUGCCCUGGAGGGACGUUCACCCCCAACAUGAAGUCCACCAAGGACUAUCCAGAUGAAGUGAUUAACUUCAUGAGGAAUCACCCUGCCAUGUACAAUGCUGUGUACCCGGUACACAAGCGACCCCUGGUGGUUCGGACCAAUGUGGACUAUGAGUUCACCACCAUCACUGUGGACCAGGUGACAGCUGCCGACGGCAACUAUGAAGUGCUCUUCUUAGGAACUGACAAGGGGACAGUUCAGAAAGUCAUCGUUCUGCCCAGAGAUGACCUGCAGACCGAGGAGCUGGUCCUUGAGGAGGUGGAGGUUUUCAAGGUCCCAACUCCAAUUACAUCCAUGAAGAUCUCAUCCAAAAGGCAACAGCUGUAUGUGUCAUCUGUGAUUGGGCUGACCCAGCUGGCUCUUCACCGCUGCGACGUGUACGGCGAGGCCUGCGCUGACUGCUGUCUGGCCAGAGACCCUUACUGCGCGUGGGAUGGCAAGUCCUGCUCCCGUUACUCUGCCUCGCAGAAGAGGUCUGACCCCUUUAGACGUAGCCGGAGGCAGGACGUCAAGUACGGGAACCCCAUCCGCCAAUGCCGAGGCUUCAACUCUAACGCCAAUAAGAACACUCUGGAGAUGGUGCAGUACGGGGUGGAGGGAAGCAGCACCUUCCUGGAGUGUCAGGCCCGCUCUCCACACGCUGUUAUCAAAUGGCAUCUGCAAAGAGAUAACAGCGACCGCAGGAAAGAGAUGCGUUCUGAUGGUCGGAUUUUGAAGACAGAACAAGGUCUACUCCUGCGGUCUCUGCAGCCCUCUGACUCAGGAAUGUACCAGUGUACGGCCACGGAGAAGAACUUCAAACACACGCUGGUCAAGCUGCAGUUGGUGGUGCUGUCUAGCCGCGCCGUCAACAACGUGCUGGUGGAGGGCGGAGGAGGGCUGGCGCCAUCUUCUCUCCACUCCAGCAGCACCCAGUGGACCCCCAGUGCAGGCCAGUACAAGGACCUGCUGACCAUCCUGAGCCAGCCAGAGAUGAGCCUCAUCAAUCAGUACUGCCAGGACUACUGGCAAUUCGGAGACCCGCUGCUGGGUGCCCUCAAGGCCAAAGACCUGAAGGAGCUCAAGGAGCAGAAGAAACCCCGCAACCGCCGGCAUCACGGGGAGGCAGAGGAGAACGAGGAGCAGGAGGAGGUAAAGACAUGAGGAGCCCAGCUUUGAAACAGCCUCAAGCACCCCACCCCACCCCCCACCCUGUGAAAACUGGGAGAGACUCAUUGAGAGUAGCAAAAGUGAAAAAAAAAAUCCACAAACCGAAAAAAAAAGCAAACUCAGAAAAAAGAGGCUUACAAACACAAACCCCACACACAUCCUCUCAAACAGUAAGAUAUAUGAUACACAGUAUUUAUUGUAGGUUGUAUAUAGUAUCAUUCUGUGGAUUUCUUUGUACUUAUAGAAAAAAACAUGCUCUUUGUGUAUAGGUACAUUUGGGGCAAAUAUUGUUAUUAUUGAUGUUAAUUUUAUUGUUGCUGUUACUGUCAUUACAAAACUCAUCUGUUAGCAUCAUACAACCUUGGCAACUGUUUGGAAUGUGUUAUCAGGCAUGUAAGCUGUUAGCGAGCUGCGAGAAGCUCAAACGGGGAAAUGAGUAGUCGAUGAGGGGUGAUGGGAUCUCUGUUGUUUCUUGCUUGCUUUUACUCGAUGCCAGAACUCUUAUUUUUGGACACUGCAGGAACGCCUCCAAUGCAACCCCCACGUGGCUGCAUGCGGACAGAGACUUGAUAUUGCAAAAGGGGACCAUCGACACAUGGUCCCAGUUAUUGUGGAGAAACAAGCCUUUCUCCAUGGGAACCCAAGACAACUGUUCAAAUAUUCUUGCUGGUCUAAUUGGGCCUUUUGGUAGGAAACUGGUGCUUGUCCCCAUUCUAUUGCCUUCUUGAUUGGAGGACUGAUUGCAUCAUCUUUGCUACUCUUCAGCCCAGAUGUGAAUUAGAAUGACUUUAAUCUCAACUGUUCUCUACUUUGAGACACUUGCAGCUUCUUUUGGCUUUGGUUUAAAAAAGAAACAAGCAUCAAAUCACUUUUUAUUAAAGGUCUAGUGUGCAGGAUAUAGUGGCACCUAGUGGUGAGGUUGCAGAUUGCAACUGAAACUUCUACUGUGUGCUAAGCAUUUAGGAGAACUACGGACACGAAAACACGGCCCUAUGUAGAGUCAGGGUUUGGUUUGUCCGUUCCUGGCGAC